AUGCGGUUACUUGACUCUAAGAUAACUUUAAUUGCGACUUUCAGGGAACGUAGCAAGACGGGAACGACAGGACAAUUGGCUGCACAACACUUUACCUUCAGAGGGAGUGUUCGUAGAUAUUGCAGAGGCUAUCUUAAAAAUCAAAUUUGUGACAGUCCGUGCAAGCCCGCUCAGUUUCAGAAUUUUGUGGUGCUAACUCUGCUAAUAAAUGUCAAUGGAGAGAGAAGUUUCAUGGUUAGAGCUGGUGCUGACAGAAAGGGUCAUAUAGUGUAUUUUGGUGAAGGGAACAUGAUGAUCCUGAGUUUUUCACGGAAUCCCAUCAUCAGAUCUUGUGGUCACUUCUUGGAAGAGCUACGGACAUGGCAUGGCUUCUCAGGUUUUGCAGUGAUGCUUACCAAGUUCCAAGCCAAGCAAGUAGCAGAUUUACCUCAGGUUGUUCAUGUCACACCUGAUAGUUUAUAUGAACUGACAAUCACUCGGACUUGGGACUACUAA